GCUUCUUCCCACAGCUUCUCCUGGAGAAGCUGCAGCCCAUGGCUUGGACAGGUACACUCUUUUCUGGGUGAGGAGCUGGCUGGAGGGCCGGGCCCAGAGAGUGAUGGUGAAUGGAGUCAUAUCCAGCUGGUGGCCGAUCCAGGUGGUGUUCCCCAGGGGUCGGUAUUCAGGCCUGUCCUGUUUAAUAUCUUCACUGAUGACUUGGAUGAGGGCACUGAGUGCAUCCUCAUCAAGUUUGCAGGCGACGCCAAGUUGUGAGGAAGUAUUGAUCUGCCUGAAGAUCCCUACAGAGGGAUCUGAACGGGCUGGGCAGCAGCCAAUAGGGUGAAGUUCAACAAGACCAAGUGUUGGAUCUGGCACUUUGGCCACAACCCCAGGCAACACUACAGGCUUGGGGCAGAGUGGCUGGAAGACUGUGUGCAAGAAAAGGACCUGGGGGGGUUUGUCAAUGCUUGGCUGAACAUGAGCCAACAGUGUGCCCAAGUGGCCAAAAAGGCCAUUGGUAUCCUAGCUUGUAUCAGAAAUAGUGCUGCCAAUAGGAGCAGGGAAGCGAUCAUCCCUCUGUACUCAGCACUGGUGUGGCCACGCCUUGAGUACUGUGUUCAGUUUUGCACCCCUCACUACGAGAAAGACAUUGAAGCCCUGGAAUGUGUCCAAAGAAGGGCAACAAAGCUGUGAGGGGUCUGGAGCAAAAGUGUUACGGGGAAUGGCUGAGCACUGUCUGGAGAAGAGGAGGCUCGGGAGAGACCUUAUAGCUCUCUGCAACUACCUGAAAGGAGGCUGUGGCAAGGAGGGGUUUGGCCUCUUCUCCCAUGUAACUAGUGAUAGGACAAGAGGGAAUGGCCUCCUUGCAUCAGGGGAGAUUCAGGUUAGAUGUUACAAAAAAAUUCCUAUCCAAAGUAGUGGUCAGGUGCUGGAGUGGGCUGCCAUGGGAGUUGGUUGAAUGACUGUCCCUGGAGGUGUUCAAGAAACGUUUAGAUGUUGUACAAAGGGACAAGAUUUUGUGGGGCAAUACUGGUAGGUGGACACUUGAGCUGGAUAAUCUAAGAGGUCUUUUCCAACCUCAGUGAUUCUAUGAUUCUAAGAUCAGAGCUCAUUAUGGUAGGUGCUGUGCAAACAUAACAAACAUGUAGGACUGUGUCUGCCCCAGUGCAUGUAUAGCAUGCAGAGCAGCCAGAAAGAGACAAAACUUGUCACUGUGGGGGGAUCUCAAAAGACCAAAAGCCACAGCUGAAGGAUGUAGGAGGUGCAGGGGAUAUCCUAUGUGAGUACAGGAUCUUUUGAGACAUAUAUACGUGCUAUGGGAUGUCCUCUUGGUUAAACAACUUCAGUGAGAAAGAUGGGGAUAUGUUAAUUCCACCUACGCAGGUUGUUGCUUAUGAUAUUUCUCAGACUGGUGAGAGAUGUGGCCUUCAGCCUCUCGUUUCCUAUUUUGGAAGCUGCCCUAAUUACUACGUUUGAAGGGCAUGUGUUGUUGGUGUAUCCUCAGAGAUGUGUAAUGGAGCAACUUUGCUUUUCUUUGGGGAAAAUUGGUAGGAGCUCAUUUUGAUGUGGCAAUUCUGGGCAGAGGAACAUGUAAAGAUUGUUCUGAGGACCGGAUGGUGAGGAUGCAGAGCCACACGUCCACACCUUUUCAUUGGAUAGCCCAAUGAUAACUGUUCUUUUUAAGAGGCUUAUGCCUAGGGCAAGCUUGCAAGGAGCUACUGCUGGCAGGAUUGCCAUGUUAGGUUCCUUCUGGAGAUACCCCAAAAUGUAUCUGCAUCGCACUUGGAAUUUCCAGUUGCCAUAGGAACUGGUCACCUGUUUGUUGUUAGUGUUUACCUCUGAAUCAUUCUAUUGCUCAUGGUCAAGGAAACCAGCACUUUUGUACUUUUGUCCAAUUUCCUAGGCAUGGGGUGACAUAAAAACAAAAAACAAAAAACAAAAGAAAAAAAAGGGGAAAAUAAAGUCUGACUUUCUUCCUAUGCAUUUUUAACCUCGGUGCAAUUCAGUCUUCAGCAGGAUAACUCUUGGUUUGUUCCAAUGUACAGGGCAAAACAUUUCAUAUUUCGAAUCAUUCUGGUGCUCAUAAAAUGCUACCUGGUUUCCUCUGUCCUUUCCCCUCCCUUGCCUCCUACUCUGCUGCAGUUAUUGCAUCACUAAAGUGUUUGGAGAAAACACUAUUCUGUCCUUAAUACUGAGCUCAGGUCUGAACUUGUCUGAGUUCUUUUGAGUCCUGUCCCCUUAUUUAGUGGAGGUGCUCUACAGAGGUAUUUUGGCCUUGAACUCUUGCAGUUGCUGCUGGAGGUACAAACAGCAGGGAGUAUAAAACCAGCAAAGGAGAAAUGAUUCAGAUUCAUGGAUUGGUUUUCUAAGCUGGGUUUGGUUUUAUAAGCCACCCUUGUACACAGUUUUCUGGAAGGAUGGGAGUGGCUGCCUUAGCAUCUUUGGCUCUGUAAUUCGCUCUGUUUGAACAUGGCCCUACUGCAGAGCUGCUGCUUACUCUGAUAAUGUAGAGAUGGUCUGAACAGAGCAGGGAAAAUUCAUUCAAAUUUUGAUAGGCUUCAGCGCUUCUCAAAGAUGAAAACUGGUGCAGGGCCAACAAAUAAAGUCUUUGGAUAGAAAAAGAUGGUUGGAGAAUGAAGGGCUACAGCACCCAGCCCAAGAAGUCACUAUUGUGAUACUCCAUUAAAUUCAGUCCAGGAUGGAGUACUGCCCAAUCUCUAUCAUAACUAAAGCAGAUCCCAAGUCUGAUGGAAAUGACUGAGCUGUUUGCCAGUGAAGUGGGAGCUUUCCCUCAUCGUCACAGAAGUGUAGCAUCCAACUGUGAUGUCAGCAGGACAAACGAAUAGUGUGAUAUCACAGCCUGGUUGCCCCUGGCAGAGGAUGUGGCUGUGGAAGCAUCACUGUCCUGAAUAUUGUGAACAGCAUUGGUCCAAGUGUGGGAUGAGAAUGCUUCUCCUUACUUUCUGGAUGUUAACUUCUCUAAUCAGCAGCAUCCAUGCAGGUAGUUUUUCCAAGGCUUAUACAUUCUUCAGGAGUCACCAGCAGAACAAAAUGGCUGAUAUCCAGUCUACAUACUCACACAACGAGUGUGGCCUCCGACCAUCUUUCGAGUCCUUUCUGUGGACUGGCAAGAGGAUCACGAGUGGGAAAUAUGCCAAGGCUGGAGAGUUCCCAUGGCAAGUGAGCAUCCAGAGCAAUGGGAGACACAUCUGUGGAGGCAGCAUAAUCAGUGCGUUGUGGAUCCUGACUGCGGCCCAUUGCUUUGCAGAUGGAGUGCCACCAGAUAUUAAGAUUGUAAUGGGAGCAGUUGACCUUGACUUCCCACUGGAAGUACGUGAGCCAAGCAGCUUGAUCCUUCAUGAAGGCUUUAACAGAAUAACCUUGAAGCAUGAUAUUGCUCUGAUCAUGCUCAACUAUCCCAUUGAAUUCAGCGAUGAGAAAAUCCCCAUCUGCUUUCCCUACAUGGAUGACAUCAGUUCAUGGCAACACUGCUGGGUUGCUGGAUGGGGAAUGAUGGGUGCAGUGUCAGCAUCCCACAUGCUGCAGAAAGCAAAGAUGAAGCUCGUCAGUCGGGAGGAGUGCUUGGACCAGAUACCACAGCUACCAAAGGAUAUGUUAUGUGUUGAGCUGCAGCAAGGAUCCUGCCAGGCCAGGGCAAGAAGCUCAGAGGCCAAGGACCUGCCUAUCUGGUGUACAGAAAGUGCAUAUAGAUCCAAACACUGUGAUACAGAACUCCUGGAGGUGGAGAGUGGGGGACCCCUGGUUUGCAGCUACCGGAACACCAUGAAGUGGUUUCAGGUCGGCGUCAUCAGCUGGGGAGACAGUUGUGCAGCAAAGCCAUAUCAUCAGUUCUACACUUCUGUUUACAACUACUAUGAGUGGAUAAAGACUGAGACAGCUAUGAUAGGGAAACCUUUCUUAAUCGAAGGCAUGUCUAAAGAUACUUUUGUUUCCUAUUACCCUCUUCCUCACAUCUGGAUGGGCUAAUGGAGAACACAGAUCUACAGGCAGAGCAAAAUAAAUGUGCCUUGUGAAGAGAGACCUCCGUGAAGGGCAAAGGCACCUCCCACAAACACCAAUGGCAGCAAUUUAAAAGCCAAUAUAACAACAACAACAACAACAAAAUUGGCUUAGUUCUGUAGGAUUGAAGGCCUUUAUAUAUACAUGUGUUUUAGGGGGUGUUGAGUGAAAAAGCACCCGUGGAUAUGGCAAAAGUCAUUGGUCAGCUCUUCCAUUUGCGACUUCUAUUGAUAAUGCAGUAUAUUAGAGCUGCAGACUUCAGAACACAGAGGACCAGCAUCAGUUCACACAUUGACCAUAACUUGCUGAGUAGCCUCUGGACAAGGCUUUUUUCAAACCAAAGGCUCAGUUUACCCAUCUGUAAACACGGCAGUAAUUUAAAAAGCCAGGAACGUCUCUUGAAAUGCACCAUUUGAGAUAUUGAUUAAUCUCUUUUAUUGACUAAACUGAAGAUGUGGGACAGAAAAUACCAGUGAGCAGAACUGAACUGCUUGAUAUGUUCAACAACUGCAGAAAAUAAAAGUGGUGUUGGUCUACAAACUUGCUUUAACUUGCUCUAUGUGUAGAGGUCUAGAGGACAGCUUGGCUUUAGGAUGAAUACAGAUGGAAGCUGACAGCGCUUGACUUACUUAAUUAAGCCAUUGACAUCCCUAAAUUCACCCAAAAAUAUAACCUUGCCUUUACCUGCCAUGUGUGAAAGUUCAAGCAUGAUGGACCUAUGUCCAUCCUUUGCAUGACGGCUGUGCUUGCUGACCUUGAUGAAACGUGUCUUCUGUCUGCCUGAAAGGUUUGGCUCUGUUGCUAUUUUUACUCUUUGUGCAAUUCAUUGCCAGGUAAAUCCCUCUGGUUUUGGCUUCCCAUGACAGUGCAGUCACACUGCUGACCAUUGGUGGCUUGGCUGUGCCAUGUUUGAGCUGCCCAUGCACCUCAAAGAGCACCACCUUGGCCAAGUCUGGGGAGUUCACACUCCAUUGCUGUACUGCCAUUGGAUUUAUACGACUCCUCAUGUUUUUCACAGAGUCACAGAAUCAACAUUGGAAAGACCACUAAGAUCAUCUGGUCCAAGCAUCAGCCCAUGCCUUACAAAAUGAACCAGCCAGCAGCUGGUUUCACUGCAUUCUAUACUACCAUGCAAAAACCUCUGAGUAUUUCCUACUAUCUGUGUUCUUCUCUGCGAGGUGUUUUGUGUGUGCUAACGCUUUUUAUAUUCACAACCAGUUGCUUUCUGAGUGCCUCAUCAUGACUCAUUGCUUCAAGGGCUUUUUAAUAUGCAAUACGCUUCGUUCCCGCAGCCCAGACCACUAAAUGAUUUAGUGUGUGACUGCAGUGGAGAGCUCUGCUUUUGACUCUUCUGCUUGGAAAGGUGAGCUUCAAGGCACCACGGGAAAGUGAAAGCUCCUCUUCCUCAAGGCUUAUGAAUUCAUGAUAUGUAUUAACACUGAAUCUGGAGGCAUUAGUCAUGAAGUAACCAACUCCAGGCCUAGCUCGCCUGCCUCCAAAUUAGGGAAUGAGGAAGAGAGGACGGUGUGAUGGGUUAUGCACUGAAUGCAGGCAUGUGGGUAUGAAUUCAUCUCUGCAGCAACCCUGUGAGAUCCUAGAGGGUAUCCAGAGGGUUGCAUGUGAAGAGGUUAAACUCUUGAAACUUGAGACAAUUCAUUGUGAGCUAUCUGAAAUUCCUUUGAAGAGCUAUCAUUUGGAGAAGAGAGCUUUGGUGUUUGUCUUCUUUUCCUUGAUCAUGAUAGAAGAGAAUUUGGACUUGUGCUUUGAGUGCAUUGUGCCUAUAGAUGGGGAUGCAUUUUCUAACCACUGUUGUGAAAAGCAUUGCUUCAACCCAAGUUUCUUAGGCAUUUGGGAAAAAGAAAACUGAGAGCUUUCACUGAAAACGGUCAUCUAAAGCAAAAAUUUGGGGAGCAACCUUGUUCUGAAUAGAAUCAUCAAAAGGUCCAAGGAAACAGUAAGAGCUGAACUGUUGACUAUGAGCAUGAGUUUACAAACAACCCCUGAAACAGCACGAUGGGCUGGUGGUCUACGCAUUCCUUUAUUUCAAGGCACCCUAAUAAUCUGCCUUGAUUUACAACUUCCUGGCCAGAGUCUCAAGCUAAAAGUGAUGCUAUGCAGAGCAGAGGUCUUUGUUAGGACAGGAGGGGACCCCAAGCGGGAUGCAGGAACUCGAAGGCACUGGAGAGGUGAUGAGAAACCCCCAGCCAUUGCAGUGUCACUGCCCCAGACACGCUCACAGCAAGCUCCAAGGAGGUGGAGUGUGAAGCUGAAGGUGGAUGUGUAGGGGAGCAUGAAGAAUCACAAAGUGUUUAUUUGAGGCGGGCACAGUUGCAACAAGAGAGUUAUUUUGCGGAUGAGCAAGCAUCUGUCGCUCUGUUUGCACGACUGGUAACGGCAGAAUGAAGCCAUUCGUGCAGAAUGGAGCCUCCCAGCAAAUGCAUGUUAUCACAUCCCAGGUGCCUAGGGUGUGGGUUCAGGGUAUGUCGCCACUUGCAAAUGCACCCGCUUCCAAUGCCCGGCGUUUGAACCUGCUUCCCUGAGGAACCUGACAGAAGGGAACAUAAUUCACUCCAGAAUCCCCUGCAUACAGAUGUAUGAUCUUUCAGUGUCCUUUGUUGGCUGUUCUUCUAAGUGCCACAAGGACCUUAAUACUGGGUCUGCUAUGGGAUGGAGCUAGUUUUCUUCACAGCAGCUUGCAUGGUGUUAUGUCUUAGAUUUGUGACCAAAACUGUGUUAAUAACACACUGAUGUUUUAACUGUUGC